AUGACGCCUCCCGCGUCGUCUGAGUUCGAACGCGGCUGCGUGCGGGUCGCCGCGGUGGACCACUCCACACGGGCCGACGUGGUGGACCUCUGGGAGCAUCUCCAGCGGCGCUGCCAGGAUGGCGGGGCGCGGCCGCGGGGGACGCUCUGCCGGCUCCGCGAGCGCAUCUUCACAGACGGGAUGCGGGAGCUUACGCGGCAGAUCGCGAUCCUCUGCCCGGAGCGCGGGCUCCUCCUGAAUGAGCUCUGCGAACAAAUGGAGCACUCCACAGAGAUGUACAAAGCACUCUAUGAGAGUGCCUGCCAGUACGCCGUCCGCAAGGCAACUGAGCGGGAUCUCCAGAGUCAUUUAUACGUAGAGAAGAAGGUGCUAGAAAGCGAAGUGCGGCGGGUGGAGAAUCGGGUAAAUGAGCUGCAAGCAAAGUAUGACGGCAUGCUUAAGCGCUUUAAGGAGCAGAUGGACUCCGCGCGGCUUGCGCACGAGGUAGAUAUUGAAUAUGUCAAGAAGUCUAAUCAGCAGAUUAUCACUGAAAUCAAGCGCCUGGCUUCGAUAGAAAGUGCUUCAAAUUGA